GCGGCGCAUGCGCGUUGAGCGGCGCUGCCUUUGGGGCCUGAGCAGCGGGAGAGAGCGUCACAGCCUCAGCCCCGAGGAAAUAACUCUUCUCUGACCCGUGAGGGACAAAGAUUUCUGAACUGGAUGUUGUCCUCCCAGGAUGAGAUGGUGCUGUGAGGUUGCUGUUGCUAUGGUGUGCAGUUGAUGUCGUUGGCGCUGCUCUUACAAUGGCUGAGAGUGUUAGAACGUUCCUUCUCGAUGUGGCAAAGGGGAUAAAGGAUUCCAUUUUUGGGAUACGGACGAUAUCUCAGCUCGAUGAGCGUAUUCACCAGAAGAGGGAGGAACAAAGGAGAAAGAAGGAACAGCAGCGCGGAGCUCUGGCGCAUCGGAGAGCACACAUUGAGGAGAAAAGAGAUGAGAAUGAGCCUCGGAUAGCAAGCCGGAUCCUGCAGUGCUGUGCAUGGAAUGGAGGAAUAUUUUGGCUGAGCAUCUUUGUCUUUUAUCGAAUUUUUAUCCCUCUGCUUCAAGCCAUCACUGCACGCAUUAUUGGUGACCCAUCAUUGCACGGGGAUGUCUGGUCUUGGUUGGAAUUUAUCCUGAACUCUACAUUCAGUGCGUUGUGGAUACUUCCUCUCUUCGUCCUCAGUAAGAUAGUUAAUGCCAUCUGGUUCCAGGACAUUGCUGACUUGGCAUUUAAGGUAUCCGGUAGGAAAGCACAGCCCUUCCCCAGCAUCAGUAAGAUUAUCGCCGACAUGUUGUUCAACCUGCUCCUCCAAGCCUUGUUCCUCAUUCAGGGAAUGAUAGUGAGUCACUUUCCUAUUGAAAUCAUCGGACAACUGGGCAGUCUAUUUCAUAUGUCAAUGUUGUAUUCUCUCUACUGCUUCGAGUACAAAUGGUUCAACAAUGGGGUGGAAAUGCACCAGCGUUUAUCCAACAUAGAAAGGAAUUGGCCUUAUUACUUCGGUUUUGGAUUACCUUUGGCUAUCCUCACUGCCCUACCAUCAUCCUAUGUGAUCAGCGGCUGCUUGUUCUCCAUUCUCUUUCCUUUGUUUAUAAUAAGUGCAAAUGAAGCAAAGAGUCCAGUGAAGCUGUUUCAUUUCCAGCUGCACCUCUUUUCCUUUGUGAUCAUGCUCAGCAAUAAACUCUUUCACAAGACGGUUCACAUUCAAUCUGCCAUGACAACGAUGGGCUCAUCUGAGCAGCUAUCAUCAUCUCCUCAUCCAUCCCCUGCCAAACAGAGAUCCGCAUCAGCUCAGUAAACAACGGUUGAGGACAAUGUGUUAUCUGUCAUUCUGUCCAAGGUACAUUCGUUAAAAAAGAAGGCAGGCUAGUCCUACUGGAAAAGUGGUUGAUAAUUAGCCGUGAUUCACAUAUGUUUCCGAACGCAGAUUGUGUCUGUUCCUCCAUACCUGCCUUGUACCUAUCCACAUCCGUCUGACUCGCCAUGGAAUACAUGCAGCCUUCCGUUUUACAGUCCUGGGAGAAUAGAGGAUUUUAAAUUUCGUGUGAUUUUCAAAGUGGUACAUUUUUAUGUGAAUAGCAUUUUAUAGAGAGCGCAUGUAUCUGUGUGAGAGACUAGACUUCACAGCAAAGCAUUAGCUAACUUGUGCCUAAAUGUUACUUUCUGUAUACGUGUGCCAAGUAUGUGAAUUUCAGAACGCAUCAAUGCUAUUCAUCGUUUUGAGGGGGUAACAGGCGGAGGAUGUUGAAUUACCACAAUGUUUGGGUCAGUAUUAGUCUCAAUCCAGAUGACCAUCAGGGAAUGUCAUGAUGAAAAGGUAGCUUGUAUUAUUGUACAAUAUUAAACCAAUAUUAAUUAUGAUAAAUGUAUUUAUGAUCCCACUGAGAUAAUGAAGAAACAUGAUUGUUUUUGAAAAUCCAGUGAUUGUUUGUGAAGGCAGACCCAUUGAAAAUGGAGGGAUGGGGUAAUAUGAUGAGGACUUUGCAAAAUCUUGUACCUUAAGAACCAAUGGAUCAAUUAAUCGUAUGAACCUGAUUUUGCUAUAAAAUUAUUUUGUUCAAACUGGGCCCAACAACUGGUUUGGUUCUGCUCCAGAACUACUCUGAGCUUCGUCUGAAUAUGCUCAUAGCGCUGAAUGGGGAAGGUUGACGCUGGUUUAAGUGUCACUAAAAGUAAACUUGGUUGCACAAUUGUUCCUAAAUUUAUAUUUAGGGAAAGGAGUUUUAAAUGUUAUAGCAUUUCCCAAUCCCCAAAUAUCUUACAUGAUGCUGCUUCUGUGGACUAUGUGGCAAAGAGGAUUAGUUACUUCUGCAACAGACUGUAUCUAGCCUUUGCUGAAGUUCUGCCGACCUUUUCCAACAGAUGAUUGAAUGCCAUUAACUACCCACCGAAAGGGUUACUGUAAUGUCUUGACCAGGAGUUCCCAAGAAAAUGGGCAUUGCCCCUUUGUUAUUUCAACUGCUCAGAUGUAUCAACAGUUCUGAAACUAGCAGUAUUUCUUCUUUACAAGGGGCACGGCUGCAAAACCAGAACUAAGACAAUUAGAACUGAAGGCACAAAGCAUUUCUUCACAAAGAGGGUUGUGGCCCUAUGCAACGCUCUGCCCCCCCCCCCCCCUCCCCGAAAGCUGUUAGAGGAAUGUUAAAACGAGAGACCGACAAAUUCUGAGUUUCGUAGUGGUAUUAAAGGUUACAGAAAAAGGGAUUAAAAGAUUUGCCAUGAUCUAAUAAAUUGGUAGGACAGAUUUGAUGACCUGAAAUAACCUUCUCCUAUUCCUGUUUUCCGAAACACCUGUAUUUAGAUUCUUCAUCAAGUUCCCGAAACAUUAAGAAUUACCAGUCAAACGUUGGUGUAGUGACAGAUUUCUGCCUUUAAUAUCUUUAGCAUGCUUUUGUAAACGUGUCCUGCUAUUUGGUAUUUAUUAAAUCUGCUGAUAUCAUCCAGCAGCACAACAGCCCUGUACCAAUACAAGACAACUGUACAAAUCUUUAUUAUUGACCCAACAGUUCAAUUUGGAUACUUAGGACCUGUUUAAUGUCAUCGGAACACAGGGACAGAUGUAUAUAGGUAGCUCAAACCUGUCUCCAAUAUAUAGUAAUUGUAAACGUAGCACACUGCAGUUGUUCAGCCAAUACUGUCCCACCCAUUAUGGCUCUCCGGGUUGUAAGUGAACUGUGGCAUCUCAUCAAAUUGUCCUGUUAUAGUUUUUUUUUAAUAAAUGAAUCGACUUUUGAUCAAUUGA